ACCGCCUGCACUGCGGCCACCGACGCGCCAGCCCGACGCCCCCGGCGCGACUCUCACACGCGUAGAGGCCUCUCCGUCUCAUCCAUUUGCCAUGGACUAUGAAUCAUCAGAUAUCCUUGGAGGGCGCCUCCAGGUCUCUCCUCAGCGCUCUCCAGCUUGGUCUGAUCCUGGCCAGAUUACUCUUCUGCUUGGGCUCGGGCUGGCGGCGUUCUACACUUGGACCCGAAUAGCACCACACUACCGUCAAUGGAGGGAGACGAGAUACAAGAAGGCUACACGGCGACGGCACGGCAUUCCCGAUGACGACAAUAGGCCCUUCAAUGUAGCAUACGCCGCUGCUUUGCACGCUAGGAAGCAACGAGAUGGGAAGGGAAGCAGGCCAUACCUACGCGAAGAGCCAGUCGUGAGUGCAGAGGAAGACGGGGUAACAGCCGCGGAUACAGCUCUCCCCUUAGCUUCAUCCUUCGUGAAAUCGGGUGGUUAUACUAGUGGAUAUCCUCCAGGUCUCAACGGCGACGCGAUUGAGUCUUCUCUUGGCCCAAGAACAAGCAUUCCGACCAUCCACUUGACCUCCUACCAGGAGCGUACGUCUCACACUUCUCUUCAGCCGUUUCCGAAUGGUUCGGCCGCGCACAAUCCAAAAACUAGCGGUGUCAAGCAACCACUGGUCACGCGGACAUCUCAUGGUAAACAUGCGUUGGACGACGAGGCCGACUCGGAACCAGAGAUGCUUGCGAAGAAGUCUCGCGUUGAGGGAGAGGAUCUGAUCGAUGGGGACGAGCAGGCUGAAUGGCAUGGUUCUGACGAAGACAUGGAGGUGGACGAGGCACAGCCCGUGAAGCGUGGGUCGAAACGUGUAGCGAGCAGCGAGGACGACGAGGGUCUAGACCUUCAAAGCACCGCCCGUCGCGACAAGCGCGCUCGUAAGGUGUCUCUUGACAAGUCCCCUCAGUCUCCUGACGAGAAUAUGGAUGAGGAUGUGACGGAGGGCGCCGAAGAUCUCGAAGAUGUCGUGAGAGGAAAGAAGAGGGACCGUGUAGAGGCGGGUUCGACAUUCGGUGGCGAUGAUUACAUUGUCGACGGCGACAACGGGGAGCAGCCCAAACGGCAGCGGCGUAAAGGGAGGACCUCCCAUAAGCUCGAGGCAAGUCCUACACGUGGACAGAAACGUGGUCGUGGCUCGCAGUCCCAAGAGAGCGAUGAGUCCGACUCCGAACAGCCCAGGCAGAAGUCCAUGCGUAAGAAACGUGGCCGGAAAUCACAGGAAGGCGUCGUCCCUGUGUCCAACGACCCUCUCUGUAAGGGCAGGCGUAUAGGCGAAGAAUGGGAGUGCAAUGGCGUUUUGUUCAAGGUCGGACCCAAUGGUCAGAGACUUCGUCAGGAAUUGAUCAAGAAAUCGAGGUCGAAGUUCCCCAUGCCCAGCGAUUCUCAGCACCCAGAUCGGCGUGCUCACGUGGAUGUCUACGUCGAGGUUUGGCUCUCGGAAGAAGAAUAUCAGCUCGCGAAGGAGCGUCACGAGCUGGCAUGGCAGGAUUCAUCCCCGACUCCCUCGGAGCCGCAAACACCGCGCGACGUUCCGGAGUCUCCCUCAAAGCUUGCCGGGAAGAAUCUGCUGUGGUCGUCGACGAUAUCGUCACGGGAAAGUCCAGUGAAGAGGGGACCGUUAAGACAGUCCGUCACUACCAACGCGGCUUCGCGAACCAAUAUCUUCCCACCCUCACCGGUUGUACUGACUCGUCGCAUCUCCUCCGUCUAUCAUGCACCCGCCUCGCCUGCGGCUGAGAGCCCCGCGUUGCAGAAGACGAAGUCGUACUCAAAGUGGGAGAAGCAGGACCUAGAGGCGGCUGCUAUGUCAAAGAUCAGGGAUAGACAACAGGCUGCUCGUGCUAGUGACACGCCAAAGGCUUUGCCUUCGUCCGCAUCCGCACCGAGUACUACUACAUCCAGUUCCAACACCGCCCCGUCUCUGUUCAGUAUUUCUUCGACCACUCCCGCCACCAAUAAGGCUCCCGAGAAGCCAUCUGGUUCUGGGACGACGACUUUUAGCUUCGCACCUUCGAGUGGUAACAGUGCUUCCACGGCGAGCAAGUCGAGCACGUCAGAGCUGCCGAAGAUCAACACAACACCCGCUCCUUCGACGACCUCUACGGAUCCAUCCAAGCCUCCCCCCACUUUCUCGUUUGCACCAUCGGCCCCUGCCACUUCUAAUGCGCCUAAUCCCCGACCUGUCGCACCUCAGACGAGCUCUUCUAUCCCCAACUUCUUUGCGAAGCCCUCUGCUCCGACCACCUCUACUCCUGCUACGUCCGCCCCGUCUGCGAGUUCUUCGUCAAUACCAAAUUUCUUCGCCAAGCCAGCAGCCCAGGGUCCCACGCCCACUACGACCACAGCGACGACUCCUGCGUCAGCGAGCGGGACAUCCAAGCCCUCAUUCUCAUUUGGUCCAACGCCCGCUCAGCAGGCAGGAAACUCGCCUGCUCCUCUCGGCAACGCCACGAAUGACCCUGCGAAAGGCAAUGAACAAUCGAAGGCAGCUCCUGGUACUUCGCUAUUGUCUCGUUUAGGAAUGGGACCACCUCCGUCUUCGCAGCCCGCGAAUGCACCCACGUUCUCGUUUGCUAAACCCGAGUCCACGACUUCGGCUGCCGCUAGCACAAGCAACGCAGCCAAGGCCCCUGCUGCUGCUGUGUCUAGUGCCCCGAAGUUCAAUUUCGGUGUGUCGUCCAAGCCGGCAAGCGCCUCCACGACUCCUAUCCCUGCUGCGAAUGCCCCGCCUGUCUCGGGAAUUCUCCCGGCCCCUGGGUCGUCGUCCACGCCUGCAAGCUCGACACCAAAGUUCAGCUUCGGUGUGACCAACAGUAACGCACAGCCGGCGACGUCCUCCACAUCUGCACCCGCAAAUCCCUUUGGUACCUCCAGCGCAGCGGCUGCUUCCUCGGCAGCGAAGUCGCCAUUCUCCUUCGGUGCCACCAGCACGCCCGGUUCCAACUCGAGCCCAUUCGGCGGUGCAACCACUACGGCAUCACCCUUCGGUGCUGCUUCGGGCACGUCCGCAACAGCGUCGCCUUUCGGCGUCGCUGCGAGCAACGCCACGAAACCGUCGGACGCAAGCAAGUCCGCCUUCGGAUUCGGAACUACGAGCAGUGGAACCUUGGGUGCGUCGCCUUUUGGUGCCGCGUCGAAUAGCGCGAACAAGCCCGCAGAGCCCGCCAAAUCGGCCUUCUCGCUUGGCGGGAACACGUCCUCGUCGAUCGCGAAUCCGUCACCGUUCGGUGCUCCUGCCUCCGGUGCAUCGUCGUCGCCUUUCGGCGUGCCAGCCGCGAACUCUACCUUGGGUGCCGCUCCUGGCAGCGCAGCGAAAGCAGAUGGCGCACCGAAGUCGGCAUUCUCGUUCGGGAACACAACUUCAUCGACCUCCUCAGCAUCGCCCUUCGGCACGGCGCAGAAGGCCGACUCGCAGGCGUCGAAGCCCGUCUUCGGCUUCAGCGCAUCCUCCACAUCGACGCCUACCUUCGGCUCCACGAGUACUCCGGCUGGCCAGCCCUCCAAGCCCACGUUUGGGUUCGGUGCGCCCGCGGAUGUCACAGCCGCAUCAUCCGCUACGCCAGCUUCAGGUUCGACGACAAGUGGGACCGAGAACAAAGCAUCGUUCUCGUUUAAUUUCGGUCAGUCGUCCACCACCGCCAACUCAGGUAGCACUCCGGCUGCGUCGGGCUCCGCUUUCGGCGGCUUUGGCUCGCAGCCUGCGGGUGGCUCUAAUGCUGCCCCUGCGGCGUCCCCAUUCGGUGCUCCUGCUUCCGCCGGUCAGCAGGGCACGAACGCGUUUGGUUUCGGAGCGCCGUCUGGUGGCGCGUUCUCGUUCGGUUCUAACUCAGGACAAGGCCAGCAAAAGAUAACGCUGAAGUGUUGUACCAGAGGACCGCGGGCUCGCAAGUCGACCUUGCUCACGUUCGCACCGCUCCAUCGAGACAGCGUAGCACCUCCUCACGCCCCACCUCUAGAGGAAAUGAUACUGGACUCGCCUGUUACGGUCACUACGCACCUGAUGAACGCUGCAGCAAAGAGCGCGGAUAGCAUUGGACCUCCGGGUACGCCAGGGGUCGAGGACUGGAUGAACGAGAAAUCGCGCGAGGAGCUGUCCGAGCUGUUGCUCAAGGCGGGCGGCAUCAUCAAGUCCCGCGAGUCAGAGCUCACCGUGACAGCCGAGCUGUGCAAGUCGUUGUAUAGCGACAACGUUACGCUGAAGGCGAAGCAUGAGGCUUUGCUCGCUCGUCUCCCCAGCUCGGGGUCUACACCUGUAACCUCGCCCCCCGCAUCCCAGAUGCACCUAGACAUCCCUUCUAUCGACCCUCCUUCGUUCGCGUCCGUCGCUUUUCCCGCUUCUCCAGACCCUCCUUCACAACCUAUAAGCCUCGCCGCUCGUUACCGCCGCGCUCGCAGAGUAUCCGUCACCCCCGCGGAUCUCGCUUCUCUGUCCGACCAGAACGCGGAGCUCAUCGAGAAGCUCGAAAAACUCGAGUCCGAGUCCCUGAAGGCAGAUCAAGCCGGUAAGCGAAAGCUCCGCAAGCUCGAAGAAGAGAUCCAAACUCUCCGCGAUGAGCUUGAGAAGAUGCAAGCACGGGGCAUCGAGCUCGAGCAGCAGGCGAGGGCUGCGACGAAUGCGGUCACUGCACAGAAGCGGAAAGAGGAGCGAGAAGCACGCCUGCAAGCCCUCAAAGACAGGUCUACGUCUCAAGCAGCGUUCGGUAGCGCUCCGGACGAGGUCAAGGACUUCGCCCCUCCCAACUACCUGCCUCGGUCAAGCCCCGUUAAGCGGACCGCGAGCAAUUCUUCUGCAUUCGCUGGCAGCUCUCUUUCUGGUUCUGAUUAUUCGGCUGCACAUUCACCGAGUAACGCUUGCCUUGAUGAGGACGAUCCACCUCUCCCUGCUGAUCCCGCCUCCUAUUUCCCUACACCUCCUGGUUCCAGUGUCGAUCUCCCUCCAGCCGAGUAUGCGAUUGUUGCACAGCUCUUGUCGAAGAUCCGUGAACUAGAGGAGACGAAUGUGCAGAUCAAGGAGCAACAGACACUGACCGAAGAGCGCGUGCGAGCCACCCAAUUUGAUGUGGAGAGCAUACGAAGAGUAUACGAAUUCCUGGAUGACGGAGAUGUCGAUCUCGAGAUCCAGGAGGAAGACCUCGACGUACCGCGGGAUCCGGGCUCCCCAUCGCCUGCAGAUUAUACCAUUCGCUUCAGCAGUCUUCGGAGGUCGAUCGCUGGCAGCAUGAGCAACCUCCUGAAUCCCCCAGAAUCCGACGUCUUCGCAGGAGGUAUCACUAGAGACAUGCAGAGCACCGUGCAAGGUGCUAUCGCGAACCGAGUCGCUCACAGCAAAGCCCGCAAGACCGUGGUCGGACUGUUCGACUCUGAUGCGGAUGCUAGUGUCGAUUCCGCUGGAUGGGGCGAGUAUCCGCCCAUGCUCAAGGUUUCUCCUGCCUUCCGACCACCGUCCGAUGUGACGCCUGCAUGGUCGUCCGCAGCGACGGAAGGUGGGCUCACACCACUGUCCCCGUCACUCAGCGCUUCGCAAAGCCCAGUCGACGGCCUGGUCCGCGGACGGAGCCUAGGCAGCGAGCUCGGGAGUGACUACGGCGACGACUGGGCACAAGGCGGGAUCAACCAUCAUCUGCGCGCGAGCAGCCUCUAUGAUCUCACCGGUCUCGCUUCAUCGCCCGUCUCUCCCAGCGCAUCCGCUGCCACCCUUCCUCCGAUCACGCUAUCCGCGGUCGAAGAGGACCAUGCAACAUGGGACAAGCCAGACCCAUCCACACCGCCGCGCGCACCUCUGCAGCUGAACGUUGAACCGCCCACUCCCACCCCGGAGAAGGCCCGCUCGCCCGCGUCGAAACAGCGGCAGCUCCAGCUCUCUCAGACUGUACGCGCGCGCACGAACCGCUGGAUCGAGGGUCGCUUCCCGCAGUCAGCCUCCUGGCAGGACACGUCCGACGGGGUGGAGCCAUCGCUCUCGGUUGCGUCUACCUCGUCGCUCGGCCGGCGCUCGUCCGCGUUCUUCCGGAACGUGCACCCCGAGGUCCUCGGGGAGACGUUCGACAACAUCGCGGGACGGAUCAGGCGCGUCGCGAGCAAUGGCGCGUUCUCCCCUCCGGCGUUCGCGUCGGGAGUCUCGGAUGUUCCCCCUCCUGCGGCGGAGCCGGUACGGCGAAAGGAGGAGGACGAGGCGUGUGCGGAGGCGGACCGCUCGGUGACUGUCCGAAAGGGUGGGUCCGUGGCGGAUCCGCUUGCUGGGCAGCACGAGGGCCUCGUCGGCUACGUGAUCGAGGCGUGGUUGUGGCUUCAGUUCGUCGUCGUCGUCGCGCUGUUCUUGUGGACGAUGGCGAAACGCGGGCCUAAGGUCGUCUUGGAGGCGGAGCGGCGGAACGCCCACCGGCCCUCCACGAGUUACACCUCCACCUCCGAAGCACCGAAGCACGCUGGUCCCGCAUCCGCAUCCGUAUAUGAUAUCCGCAUGUUCCCAUUCCUGCGGACUCUUAAGACUUGCACGCCCACCUGAAGGCGCGUUGUAUUGAGCACAAUACCUCUGCACCAAAGGCCCUGAGAUAUGAAGGUAUGGCAUACACACGGGGAACGUGUCAUAAGAUCCACGAUUGCAUAAUACAAGAGAGAUU